AUGAGACGUAUGCACAUUUGGCUGAAAUUAAAUCGAGUAGAUUUGGGUGAAACAAUGGAUAAACUGGAAUUUGAACAGUUACGAGCGGAGGUGGUGCGUUUAACUGCUGCUUUUGAGGAAGCUUCUGCCGACAAAAUUCGGGCAGCGCAAUAUGGUCUUCAAGUUUUGGAUGAAAAACAACAAGUGGAAAUGAAAUUGGCUAAUUUACAAGCACAGUAUGAUGCUGCAAAAAUUGAAAUCGAUGCAACGAAAGAAGCAUUAGCACAUUACCAGUCAUUGCAAAAAAGUGUGGCAGAAUCGGGAAUCGAUCACGAGGAAAGUCUUUUAGAGGAAACGAUGAAUCGAGAACAAGACUAUUUAGCAAAAAUUUCAAGUUUGGAAUCAGAUUUGAAAUUCGCCCAACAGGAACUAGAAAGGCAUAGAUCGGAUCUCGAUCGUCUUCAAUCCAUGCAUAAUAAAGCAUCAGAAGAAUCGGAAAUCUUGGAUUUUCAAAAGAGAAAUUUGAAAGAUGAAUUGAAAGAUCUAAAAAAUCGUGAACAGAGAUUAUUAAAUGAUUAUUGCGAAUUGGAGGAAGAAAAUAUAACUUUGCAGAAACAGGUUUCCAAUUUACGUUGUGCGCAAAUAGAAUUCGAAGCGAUGAAAAUGGAAGUCAGGCGUCUGCUUGAUGAAAUCGACCAAUUGCAGUCUGAAAAGGAACAAGCUAAUAAGUUAACCAUGGUAGCGCAAAAACAUCUUGAGGAUGCUUUGCUGAGUGUGCAGCAAGAACGUGAUCAGAAACUGGUUUAUAAAAAAGAAUUGGAAAUGAUGAAGAAUGCCGAACAUUUGCAACAGCUUAAUACUAUGUUAUAUGGAUUGCAAGAAGAUAACAAUGACGAUCCUCAAGCUUUAAAACAGCUGGAAUUUUCUUUUAUAGCCGAAAAUAGUAAAUCUAAUAAAAAAGGACCACCAAAAGGUGCUGAUCUUUUUUCCGAAAUUCAUGGAGAUUUUCACGAACGUUUGGCUGAAAUGGAAAGUAAAAAUGAUCAAUUAAUGUUAAAGUUAAAAGACACCGAGCGCGAUGUGAAUUGCAUUAUACCAGUCCUAAAGAAAUUGGAAGUUAUGAGUACCUCAGAUCUUGACCAUAGCCAAUUAAAACAACUGUGUGAUGACGCUAUUACGAAAAUUGAUCAGCUAACCUCAAGUAUUUCGAAUGCUGGUGUUAGCAGCAAAGAAUACGAACAAUUAAGAUCAGAUACACGAAUUGCAGUUGUCGCUGCGGGAACUUAUCAUGCGAAAUUGGCUUAUGCUCAAGACUUGAUGAUUGCUAUUGCUGAUUAUCUUUAUCGUCUUUAUCAUCAAUUGAUUACCACCCAUGAACUAGAGUCGGAUAAAAGCUUGAGCGAAACUAUGAAAAAAUUAAGAGAACUUGCUAAAAAUAAUGCUGAAAGUGAAGAAUUUAUCCAAGAUGAAGGAAUGGAAAGUGGCACAGAAACUGAAAAUGGACGAUUCCCCCAACUGACUCUAAACUCGCAGCGGCAUAUUGUAUCACCUGCAUUCAUCAAAGAAAUGAAUCAACGGCUAAAUACAGAACGGGUCGAAACAGUUGUCACUGAUUGUGACUUAAGGGAAACAGUAGUUUCGGGCAAGUGUGGCACCGAAGUAUUUGAAAUUUCUGAAUGCCUAACUGAUUUGUCUAAAAUAGUGCGUCGAACAGUUGAAAAUGCUCUUAAUACUCGUGUAGAAAAUGAAGAUCAACAGGAACUUACGGUUCAAAAUAUGAAACUUCGUUCCUUACUCGCAACAAAAAGAGAUCAAAUUGCAACCUUGAGAACGGUGUUGAAAUCAAAUAAAUUAACGGCAGAAUCGGCAUUGGCAUCACUGAAAGAAAAAUAUGAAAGUGAAAAAGCGAUAACCUCAGAUUUACUGGAGAAACUGCGUAAAGAGCUGAAAUGUUUCAAGGAAGAUGCAGCAACAUUUGCAUCACAUCGUGCUAUGUUUACUGCGAGAUGUGAAGAAUUACAAGCCCAGGUUGAUGAGCUGGAAGCGAAUCAAAGAGCGGCUGAAGAUGAAAAAAGGACUCUUAAUUCGUUAUUACGAAUGGCCAUUCAACAAAAAUUGGCCCUUACUCAAAGACUGGAAGAUUUGGAAGUAGAUCGAGAAAGGCAGACCUUUAAGAGAGGUAAUAAAUCAAAUCGAAUAGUAAAUAAUAGCGAAAAUAGUGCACAAUUGCAUCGUGUCAGGUAUCCCGGACCAAAUACACAACACCAACAACAGCAACAAGCGAGGAAUCUUAAAAGAGACGGCUAA